CUUAAGGUGUAUUCACACAUGGAAAGUCCGUUGGUUCACUUGCUUUGGUCCAGACCAAAUAGAAUUUAGAUUUUUUUUGUUUGGUGUGGUCCACUUUCAUACUGCCCCUUUUGCAAGUGAACCAGCAUUACGAAGCAAAACCACACGUGAUCUGAGGUCAUUCAUUCAUUGGACAGACAUUCUGGGGUGGAGAGAAGCAGGAAGAUCGAAAUAAAAACUGCGAAAUAUAUCAUUGAUAUAAUAUGGGGUUAAAAAUAAUAAAAAUGCCUACAUCUAGCCUAUAAAUAAAGAAGAAAAACAUCUAAUUAUUGUUGUUUCAUAUGUUUAUAAUAUGUAGCCCUAUGUCAAUGCCACGUUAUGUGGUUUGUAGCCUACGAUGUGAAACAUAAUGUAUAGCCUACUGUAUUUUUGCUGCUGGACGCGCGGCUCGCGAGAAGAAUAGGCUCAAGCUGAAACACAGCUGAUUUAGCUGUGUAUCAGCUGGGUGUCAGUUCGGCGCAGUUCAGCUCCAAACUGACACUGGGACAGUAUUGACGGUCCCGUUGGGAAGAAAAAUAAAAACACACACACUUCAUGCAAAGCGCAGCGUGAACCUGUUGGCACUGUAGGCUACGGGAGACGCUCCUCUCCAUCUGAUCGCUGAACAUAUCAGCAUGUGUAUUAUGGCAAAAAUCAUAAUCAUAAUCACGAUUAUUUUGAUUGACAGUGUAAUCACGAUUAUUAAAGACAAUAUCCACAGUAUUCAGGUGCCUAAAACAGGCGUACUCUGGAACCACGCUAUGUAAAACACAUCCAGAGAGAGGAGGAUUGUGCAGAAAAACACACCUUAACACAUAUUAUGGUGGGGAAGAAUUGAUCCUUGUGUGGGAUUAUUUUUGUUGGACUCCGAGUUGCCUGACAGUGGCAGGUGCAGAUUCAUGUGCUUCAUGAGGAGAUUUGAAUUUCUUCUAUGCUUGUCAGUGUGUCCAGUCGAGACUUCAGUAGUAUGUUUUAUAGAUCAACAUUUUACUUUUCCUACAAGUUUGCCUCAUAUACUCUACUAACAUGAAUUUGUUAUCUAUCAUGUCAUAUGUUGCAGUUGUUAAUAUGGAAAAUAUUAUUUUUCAACUAGGCAAAGUCCAAUGGAAGAAGCGGUCAGAAGAGCUGCAGACCCGGAUCGAGUUGCUGGAGGAGGAGAAUGCUUUACUGAAGCAGCAGCUUGAGCAAAGGCCUUCAGCAGAGCAAGGUGACACAGUGGACAACACUGACCCCGAACCAGAGUCAAACACUGACGCAAGUAGCAGCUCCAGCACAGACUCAGAUUCCAGCAGCAGCAGCUCUUCCUCCUCUGAUGGCCGAAAAAAAAAGAGGAAGCACAAGAAAAAAGCAAAAAAAAGGAGCAAAAAGUCGAAGAAGUCGAAGAAGUCAAAGGCCAAAGGAUAUCGUGUGACAACCAUAUCGGAUGUGGUGAAGCGGUACCGCCAGGUCCUUCGAAUAAUGGAAAGGGGACACACAAUGUCAAGGGCAUUCGCAAAGGCAGGCGUCUCAAGAAAUGCUGUGAAGGACACCGCCGCAAUCGCGGAACUGUACAUAGCUGACAGAAGUGUCCUGGAGGAGAUAAAGGGCAAAAAGACGCUCCUCCAUUUAUCAAAGGUCUGCGACUCAAAAAUAGUUGGAGAGCUUUCUUUGAAGAUUGAUGAACUUAAAAAGAAAAAGAAACUGAUACCAUUCACCAAAAGAGGCUGAGGCUGAAAUGGACAGAGGAGAAAGGGGAAAGUGUUUAUUUAUUUAAAAAAAAAAAUAAUGUUUUUGUUUUAUUUGUUCAAACGGUUUAUAGUAUUCUUGUUUCUUUUGACUCUUAGUUUAUUUAAAAAAAAAAAAAUGUUUUUGUUUUAUUUGUUCAAACGGUAUAUAGUAUUCUUGUUUCUUUUGACUCUUAGUUUUUU